AUGUUUCUCACUAAUUAUAUCAUCGUGAUUGGACUUGCUCUCAUAUAUCUAUCUGGGAUAGAUUGUGUAAGCGACGGAAUGUUUACGGAGGAGCAAAUAUCCGGGGGAAAGUCCGAGUCUACACAUUUCCUAUUGGAAGUGUACCGUCGUCUGCUCGGAGGAGGAUCAUUUGAGAAUGCAUCUGGCCACGGGAGGAGGACGCUGGGUCUGUCACUUUCCAACACCAUAAGAACUAUACACGCAGAAGGUGUGACUUUAUGGGGUAGACAACAGGAAAUGCAGUUCCGGAUUCCGAAACGUGCGCACGCAGAGCAGUUUCACCAAGUGGAAAUUCGGAUAAAAACGAAGCAGCUGCAAUCAUUAAAGAAAAGGAUAGCAUUGGAGAUAGGAAAGAACAUGACGAAGAUAAGAAAGAUCUUCCUCCGACAUAAACCCUUGAUCGACGGGCUGGACACUGUUUGGGAUGUGACCUCACUGGUCAGGCCAUGGAUCAAUGGUUUUCACGGACCACUUGACAUCAGACUUGCUUACGAGGUGACGGGAGCCAUGUCGACAACUCUGAGAAAUAGAUUAAACAUGUUUAAAGGACUGAGGGAUUAUAAUAAAAUCAAAGCCAUUCUAGUAAUGUUUUCAAAGGACUCCGAUAUGUUGAAUGUUCAUUUAAAACAGGACGGAUUUCAUCCAAAAAACAAUACAGAAAACAGAUUCUUAAGUGUGAAGCGCUCACGACGUUCAACAAAAACAUCGAAUCGAACCAACAGGAAACGGAAGUUAUGUCAAGUAAAAGAUUUUAAAGUGGACUUUAAUACAAUUGGUUGGGGUAAAUGGAUUGUGCACCCGAAACAUUUUAACGCGAAGAUGUGUAAAGGAAUUUGUCCGUCACCAAUCAAGGAAAGUCUGUCGCCAAGCAACCAUGCGAUGUUGCAAGGAAUGAUGAGAGCUAACACUCAUGGAAGGAAAAAGAAAGUUUCCAUGCCGUGUUGUGUACCGACAAAACUGAGGCCACAAAGUAUGCUGUAUUAUGAAGGAGAUGAUCUUGUUGUCCGCCAUCACGAGGACAUGGUCGUAGAGGAGUGUGGUUGUCGGUAA